AUGGCAACGACGCGUCGGCCUCCGCCGCUGGAGGUCUAUGAAGACCCGGACACCUACCACGCCCCAUCCAAGGAUCACGACGUCGAGGCCGCCCUUUUUCAUGCUCUCGGCCCCCUCAGCGACGCGUCGAACAAGCAUAAUGUGCAGCUGAACCCAUCUACCUCAACCAAACCCGGCUCCUCCCCUUCCAAGAAGGACAGCUCUCCUCUCCGGCCAAUGAGCGCGCACAGCCUGUCCGACUUCAGACUCCCUCCGCCGCCCCAACCCAACUUCAAGACCGACUCGCCGCAGAAGAACGGCGGCUUCUACUCGAUGUACCAGCAAGUCGCUCCCCGACCGGAGCGGGGUCUCUACCCUCAGUAUCCUGCACAUACGGCAUACGACAAGGAAAACAUGUUCGAGGGCGCGUCUUUUGGCGACCUGAGUGUGCCGCCGUACCCAGAACCCGACUAUGUCUACAAGGGACCCAACAAACGCCCCUUGCUUGAGCCGGCGCCUAUGAAGAUGCCUGCCAAGAAGCUCAAGCUCAAGGAAGACGAACCAUUCCAACUACCGAACCCAGAGGACAUGCCAGCGAUAGUCGAUGACGGCCAGAAGCCACCACACAGCUACGCGGAGCUGAUCGGAAUGGCUAUCCUACGCUCACAAAAUCGACGUCUGACCCUCGCCCAGAUCUACAAGUGGAUCUCUGACAACUUCGCGUUCUACAGAGCAGCUGAAGGUGGAUGGCAGAACAGCAUCCGACACAACCUCAGUCUUAACAAGAACUUCAUCAAGCAAGAGCGACCAAAGGAUGACCCUGGUAAGGGCAACUACUGGGCAAUCAAGGCUGGCGAAGAGCGUCCUUUCCUGCUUGGCAAGAAGCAGCCAAUUCGCAAGAUCAUCAACCCAGAUGGUUCCCAGUAUGGCAUCUCGAUUCCGUCUGACCCGGCCUCUUUCAGACCAGCCAACACACCCGCCGUCAGCAACUUCACCCUGGGUCCCAAUCCCAUUCGCAAACUCGAGACCAAGGACAUCGACUCUGCGACAUUCCCUGACGAGGCCGACUUGUCUUCAGACGGAACCAUUCCAGCAUCUGAUCCCGCUCUCCAAGAAGAUGAGCCUGAGCGUGAUGACGCCGCCGCUAUGCCUCCUCCACCUGCCUUGAUGCGCUCGUCGCCUCCACCUCCAGAUCUCAACUCUUCACCACCCGCGAUGCCACCUCGCAAGGGUACGCCUCCUCCGGCCUCCCGUUUCCCGUCUUCGAGUCGCUCUCGAGGUGAGAGACGCAAGUUUGCCGGUCUGAAUGACAGUGGUUACUGGUCGUCCAUCGAGUCUUCUGCCGCUCGAGGCGCCACCCAACAGCUUGCCUCUGAAGCUGAAGUCAGAAACCACCGCAUCAAGAAAGGUCGCGCAGAGGCUGAGAUUGCUCGAAUGCGAAGCUCAUCAUUCGACAGCCCGAGCAAAGAUCAGAGCCGCUACCAAAGCCUGCCUGGCGUCUUCGGCUCGUCUCCUGCUCAUCGAGACGACAACCCACUCACGCCUGCUGUGGUCUUCAAGAAGCCUGCUCGGCCACCACCAUCCAUCUCUCCCAACACAAACUUGCGUGACCACCGCAAAGCCGUCAGCGCACUGCUGGGCUCGCCAGCCAAAGGCUUCAGUCCGAUACCAGAGGCAAACUUAUGGAGUCCUGCCUUCAAUCUUCAUGAUGAAGGCCAGGCUGGGCUCACUCCCUUCAUCUCGCCCUUCAAGCAGAACAAGACUCCAUGGAGGCCUCUCGGCGAUAACUCAAAUGCAUUCAAUUUCAACAACGCAGCGUUUGAUAUCUUCGUCGAUGCACCUGAAGAGGAGGUCGCGGCUCGCGGCUCACCCGAGAAGAAGUCAACCCGUCGACCGUCUCUUGUUCGGGCAACAACAAGCAGUGGCAUUCUUGCUGACAUCACCGGCGCUGCAAAGAGUAACAAUCUCAUGCUCGCACCCAGCAAUGGUAGUCCGUUCUCACUCUCUCCCUUCAUUGCCAGGUCUGGGCCGCUCAAGUCACCUGCCAAGUUGGGCUCACCACUCAAAAACUCACACAAGCCACCUACAUCCAACGACCAACAUGAUGCAAGCUGGUUUGACGUUGGUCUUGGUGGUGAGAACACUCAACCUGCACUUGAUGCAGGUAACAACGACGUUGCCGAACUCUUCGGCGUCGACUUCCACAGCGAUGGCAGCGAAGAAGCCAUUGACAUCUUCCAAGACUUUGGCAAGAUUGGCCAAACGACACAAGCAGUGCCAGCGCCAGAUCGCUCCACUGGAAGUCCAGUAAGAAGAGCUAUGCUCCCACCCGCACGACCCGGCCUAGGCCGCAGCAACACCAGCCGAUGGUAG